AUGUUCUCGUACAGCAAAUCGUAUCUAAACUUGGUACACAAUGGAAAGCAGCUGAUACUGCUACAAAACAACGAUUUUAAAGGCUGUCCGAUGCCGAAAACGUUGAAUAAAGUGGCCACCUACAAAGGUGAUAAAGAAAAUCAAAAGAAGAAAAAAUCUUCGAAAAAAGGCCAACAACAGCAGCGGCAAGAAGAAGAAAUAGCUACCGAUAAUAGCUAUAAUGAUUCCACGGAAGAUUAA